AUGACAAAGAAGCGAUCACCGAAAAAUACUCAUAUCAUCGCGACAACGCUCGCCGACACCGAUAAUGAAGACGAUCAACCGGCGCCGCAAGCAUCUCAAACAAAGUCCCAAUUAACAUCUGCAUCCGCAGAAGUUGCACAGAUCAACUCAUCAGCAUCGCCGUUCACUGGGGUCAACUUGAAUGGAUCAGACAUGAACAUUGACAUGUCAACUCAAACAUCAUCAUUGGAUAAACGUUCUGUUAAUCCGAAUCUCUCCUCGAAAGUGUGGCUAUAUGCAACGAAAUUUACUGAUCAUGACAGCGAUAGCCAACAAGCCAGUUGCCACUUAUGUGAUUAUACAUGUUCAUGCAAUUCUCAUUCCACAUCAACAAUUAGACAACAUCUGAUUUCCAAACAUAGCAAAGCGGAUUUAGUGAUAGAAAAACAAAAUUCUUCGAAGUCCAAAAUGUCAGAAGCUUUAAAACAGAAAUUGCAUCAACUUUGUUAUGCGGCAAUUGUAAAAGAUAGUCGUUCAUUCAAUGACUUAAACAAAAGUGGAAUCAAGGCAGUAUUCAAGAAACUGUGUCCUGAUUACACACCGCCGCACAGAAAUCAAGUUUCUCGACAACUGGGCGUUUUAUACAAGCAUCACUAUGAUCUAUUAGUUGAUGAAUUAAAACAAGUGCGUUCGUUGAGUAUUACACUCGACUUUUGGUCAAAUCAUCGAUGCCAAUCAUUUCUUUGUAUAACUGGUCAUUGGGUCAGCGAUAAAUGGGAAACAAUCUCGAAAAUAAUCAACUUCUCUGUUUAUACUAACCGACACACGGCUAUAGAAAUUGCCGAAACCUUGGAAGCAAAACUCAUUGCUUUAGGUAUUCUUGACAAAAUCAUUUGUAUCACAUGUGAUGGUGCAAAAAAUAUGAAAUUGGUGUGCGAAUAUUUGAGCGACGAUAUACCGAGAUUGUGGUGUUGUGCCCACCGAUUACAUCUGGUUGUUAUUAAUGGUUUAAGUUUUUGGAUGCGAAACGAGAAACUAAACGAGAUAUCUAAACAAAAUUCUUCGACAAAUUAUUCAACAAUUAACCGUAGUACAACUGCUGACUCCAAUGCUUCUAUUUCGAACAAGAAUAAUACAAACAUUAAUUGGGAUGAGGAACUAAACGACAAAGCGUGGUUAGUCAAUAAAUCUAGUUCAAAGAAUACAACGAAUGAAACUGAAGUCGUUGUUGGCUUAGAAACGAUCACUGAUGAUGACGACAACGAUGAUGAUUAUGAAAAUCUCGAUGACUUAAUAGAAGACAAUUGGACGACUGGUUUCCAAGCUGAUGGCAAUCCGACUGAAUAUCAAAAAUGUAUUAUGAAAUUGUUGAUCAAAUGUCGAGCUGUGGCGAAGAUUACUAAAAAGCCAUAUAUAAUCUCUGAAUUCAUCCGUAAUGAGCGACAACUUACCGAUCAAUACGCAACAAUUCGAAUCGAUUGUAAAACGCGAUGGAAUUCGACGUAUAUUUUAUGCCACUCUAUGAUUACAUCGAAACACGUGAUUAUUCCCUCUACUGAAAGGAGGGUUAUGCGUCGAGCAGAUACUACCAAAAAAACGAGUUGA